AUGAAGCCCACGGGGAAGAUUCUCGCGAUGCUGAUUGCGCCCGACACCAACGUCGCGCCCGCCUUUUCGCAGCACCAGUCCGUCUCGACGCGCCGCGGGUCCUUCUCGCGUCGCAGCACGUCGUCACUCAUCGCAUGCCCGCAGCCGCUGCACCACACCGACCCCUUCGCCAGCAGCUCCGUCGCCAACUCCGCGAUUCCGUCGCACGUGUCCCACUCGUUCGCCACCCACUCGCACGCGGCCGCUGCGGCGGCGUCGUCGCCUUUCCCGGAUUUCGCCGGCUAUGGUAACACGGCAACAGCGGGAUUCGGCUGUCAUUCGCGAAGGUCGUCCUUCUCGUCUACGAGGCGACUCUCCCUAACCGGCGCCGCACCAGUCGCCACCGUAACCGAGAUCCUUCCCGAGCAUGCCGUAGUGGAGCCGGAGUUCCUACCGCCAUCUGCGGCGCCGACAGCGCUUCCCGACUCGACCGUCCAGGCAGUCACCGACGAACUCAAAUCCGCAUCCGCCCCUGCGCCCGAUGCGCGCAAGCCCGCACCGGCUAACACGGAGGAUGCGCGCAAGCGCGCAAUGGACGCCGUGAUUGGCGCGGGGUACUGGGAGACGGAGUUUCUCGACCGCUUGAUGUUCCUCGAGGCAGAUCCGACGUUCACGCAGCUCCCAGCCGACCAAGUUCACCAGAUGAACCUGUCCCAGGAACUACCUGCCCCUCUGGAGCUUCUCGCGGUCGGGCUCGGCGCGGAGGUGGUAUCUGAGGAGGCGAUUCGGGAGGACCUUCACACGGCGCGCAUGUGCGUCGUCGACGCGCUGAUGGAGGCGCAGCAUCUGGAGCGCGUCGCGCAGAUGUACAGUCACAGCGCGGGCGCCGCCGCGGCGGGAGACAUCGGAGGCGCCGCCGCCGUUAAAGUUGCCAAGCCUCGCGCCCCCGCGCCGCGCGCGGCGGCUGCAGGGGCUAAGUCCGAUGGCAUCGCUCGCAGAAAGGUGCCCAAGGGAGGCAAGGCCGCGGCAGCGGCGAGUCCCAAGGCAAAGAAGGCUCCGCAGGAAGGUUCCGCGCAGACUGGGGAGAAGGCUGGAGAGCUGAAGGCUGCUCUGAAGAAAUCUCCCGCUCUGAAGCAGUGGCUCAAGUUCGCAGCCACCAUCUGA